CACGAUCGAUUCAACGUAUGUAUGUACACAUAACCUCAAAAUAGUCAUAUUUAUGUUUUUAUUAUUAUAUAUAAUAUUAUGUGUUUUCGAGAUUUUAGGCCCACAGUUUCACUAUAUAUAUAUACUAAUUAAGCAAUAAUGAUGACUCUAUAGGCAUUAUAUAAUAGAAUAGAAUAAAAGUAAGAGCCCCUUAAACCAACAAAACUGCCCCAAAUACUGGCCCCCCUUCUUAAUAAAAUGGGCAACGAACAGUCUCAAAUGUCCGACGUAGAAGUGGACGACACCGUUACGGUCGUAUCGGACUUUUGGUCGCAACAUGGGGCCACCAUAAACGGCUCGGAAAGUGGUUCGAGCGUCAGGGUCACAUUGUUUGCGGGUGAAUUGUUGGUCGAAGAGCCCUUUUGGAGGGACCAACAGUUGACCCCUUUAGAGAAGUUCAGUAAGAACAUCAAAAUCUACCGCCAUCCCUCCAUCGUCAAAUACAUAACCUCCUGGCAAAAAUCCUCCAAAUACUACUUAGCGGUAGAGGAAGUGAGCCCCCUAGCACACCUGAUUCAGUCGCAUUUGAGCCCCAUGGAGGUCUGCUUGGGCCUCUACUCCAUAUUGAAAGCCAUUGAUUUUUUACACUCAAAAGCCUCCGUGUCCCAUAACAACGUUUCCGUUGCCUCAAUUAUGGUGAACAAAGAGGGCAACUGGAAACUGGGAGGGAUGGAGUACUUGUGCCCUUACAACCAGUUAAAUCCGGAUUACGUCCGGAAGACUGAAAAGUGGAGGGGGGGUCAUAAAAUCCCGGAUGGCGCGGAGAGUCUGAAGGACAAAAGUAAACUGGAUCUGGUGGGGUUUUGCGCAACGGCUCUGGAUCUCCUCAAAAACUCCAGUGACCCCAAUGCAUCCAGAGAAUCGUUCCAAAACUAUUGUACAAAAGUCCUAGAGGACCCCAACCACUUACAAACGACCACACUGCAAAACCUCCUGGAUCAUCCGUACUUCAAGCAUCCAUUUAUUACGAUCCACUCGUUCCUGAUCGAGUUACCGCUUAAAUCGGAUCCGGAAAAAUCGGAAUUUUUUAAAAAUCUGGAAAAGGAACUGAGAGCGCUGGAUGACGAGGAACUAGUGGCCGGCCAACUGGGCGGACUUUUGGUCUCUAGACUGGUCCUGUUGAAUCAGGAUGCCCAAGAGUGCGUUUUACCUUAUAUAAUGGUUCCGAGAAAAGGUACUAACGACGCCAUAUUCUCCUUGGAAGUCUUUAAAACGUACAUCGCGCCUAAACUUUUACGCAUCUUCCCGGUGAGGGAUGCGCAAAUACGGCGGCGACUGCUCGAUUAUUUGCCGCAAUGUUUCGACUGUUUUUCCCGGGACGAUUUGCAAUUCAAAAUUUUACCGGAGCUUCUGGUGGGCAUCAAGGACCUCGAUGACGAGUUGGUGUGCGCCACUUUGCACACCCUGGCCGCCCUGGUGCCGGUUUUGGGGGCGCACGUGGUCAUCAGUGGCGAACGGGCCAAAUUGUUUAACGAUGGCCGACCGAAUAGUCGUGCGGCCGCACCAAUAAACGGUGCGGAAUUGGGGCAGGUUUUGAGGUCCGCGGAUGUGGAAGGGGCGAAGGGCACUUUGGGGGAGCGUCCAGACCUUCCGGAACGCCCGAGACCCGACGGCGAGGAGGGCGAAACCUCCACGGAGGACGUCGAACAAUCGGGCGAAGAAUCCGCGGACAAUUGGGAGGAUUGGGGGGAGGGCGAAGGGGCCGCGCCCCCAACAGACGUCAACAGACCCAAACGGUUCUUGGACAUCACCGAGUUGGACAUUAAGGCGCAACCGUCGGAAGAACCGGAAGUUGACUUUUUCGCCGAUAUGGAACCGGAAAUACGCAGCAGCAGGAAAUUUUUGACGGAAAAAACGGUCGGCAGCAGCAGCAGCAUGUUUUCGGUUAAAAACGAGCAUCAGGGGGACGAGGAGGGUUGGGACGACGAUUGGGCAUAAUUAAUUUCAAUAAAUAGUUUAAGUGUAUUAAAA